UGGCUUGCUGUCAUCGCGUUUUCCUAGGAAGCAACUUGCCAAUUGUUUGCGGAUAUGGGAAAUUCCUAAAUUCCCCAAGAGUCAAUUCGCAAUUGCCGUGGCUUAUUCGCAAUUAGUAUCUCUUACCCAACACAUUUCGCCCACGUACGCGUCGAGAGACCAACGCGUGCACCGUCAACGCCGACAACGCGCGACUAUCAAAGAUGCUAGCGGACGGGAAGAUCGACUCGCUAGACACGCAUCUAGAACAGUUCAAACUCAAUGAUCAGAACAGACAAAAUGAUCUGACAAACCUCCUUAGAGAGUAUGGCCAACUACUCGAUGAAUACAAGGACCUAAAGAGGGCAUGUGAACAGAAAGCCAAGAGCACUAUCGCUGCGCCUCCAGGUAUACCUAUACCGACCAUAGCUGCGGCAACAACGACCCGCGAUCCAUACGUAUUGGUCUUAAUAGACGGCAACAACUACAUCUUCAAUGACGAACUUAUUCGCGACAAAGAGGAGGGCGGAAUGCGCGCUGCUCGCAUGUUUAACGACGCCAUAGAGAAGUACCUACAGCAAAGCGUCCCGCAAGCCCGAUCCGCUCGCAUACAUGUUAAGAUUUACGCAGACUUGACCAAUCUAUCUAAGCAACUGGCAAGGUCCAAACUCAUUGGUUUGGAAAAGCGUUCGCUGUCUCCCUUCUCGGCCGCAUUCACCCGAGCCAUCAGCCUCUUCGACUUCGUUGAUGCUCUGGAUGAAGAAGGCACCAAGUUUAAGAUCAGAGAACAUUUCAAGAUCGCCUCUGAAGAUUCGGCGUGUAGCCAUAUCUUAUAUGCCGCUUGCCAUGAUCCGGCUUAUCUAUCUCAACUCGUACCCUUCAGCGGUGUACGCGAUAAGAUUACCCUUGUCCAAGGCGCUGGAUGGAACUCGGAGUUCCACCAAUUCAACUUGAACAUCACACAGUUCCCGACUGUCUUUAGAUGGUCGGAACUCCCUGUUGCCGUACCUACAACCAAAGGCGGUCCAGCUACAGCACCCAAACAAAAAGCACUAGCCGCAGUACAGAAACCGAUACUCACACCGGGCACGCCGACUCCACGCAAAGAAUCAUGGAGACGAGACGACUCGUUCAGCAUGAGCGACUCCGCAUUCGGCGACCUCUCCCCGGUAGAAUCCAACAGUUUCUUCGAACAAGAACGAGUAGGUUGGGAAGACCGCUCAGCAUACACACAAACAGCCAAGAACUCCUCAAAGCCAGAAAACAACUCGCAACUAUGCAAGUACUUUCAAAAAGGAAAUUGCCGCUUCGGUACCAAAUGUAACUUCCUCCACAUCCCCAAGACCCUCUCCGACACAAGCGGAUCUAAAUCCGCGCAACCACCACGUGGCCCCAAAGGAGCGCCAUACCCCUCUCUACCACUCUCCUCCCAAUCCUCUCAGCAACAGACACACGACCAAACCCCUUUCUCCGCCCUCCUCCCCGCCGCUCCAAUCCCCGGCUUCAUCCCCCUCAACACCUUCUCCCAACGCCUCGACCCGCACCUCCCCAUGCCCCCUCCCUCCGCCUGGAAAAUCUACAACGCCCGCUUCGCCAAAGCAAAGCCCUGCAACACAUUCCACCUCCAGCAGCGCUGCGCCACCCCAAACUGUCCUUUCGACCACAGCGAGCUGGAGCCUGAAGCGAGACAAGUGUUGGAGUAUGUGGUCAAGUGUAAUCCUUGUCCGAGGAAGGGGGCUUGUAGACGGGGCGAUUGCUUCUAUGGACAUCAUUGUCAGAGGGAGGGGUGUAGUGAGGGGGAGGGUUGGGGGGUUAAGAAGUGUCGGUUCAAGAGGGAGAUGCAUUUGAAUGGGGUAGAGUGUAGGGUUGGGAGUUUGGUGCCGGAGGGGGAGGAUGGGAAUGGCAACGGGGUGGGGAUGAGUGGGUUGGAGUUUGGUGAUGGGGAGGAUUUUAUGUGGUAGGCUGGUCGAAAAAAAUGGCGAGCUAUAGACAUAUAUUGGGUAUGCGUUGCAGUGCCUUACGAUGUGGCCUUGGUAUGAGCUGGUCUGGGGGUAGUAAGGCUUUGGAGUAUCUGAGGAGCACUUAUGCUUAUGAUAUGUGACGAAGGCCGUAGUAAAGUUCUAUUCGAUGCAUGCUGCUUU